AUGCCUAAGGAGAAAGGUGAAAAUAGGGGCCAGGAAGCUGCUACCUGCAGAGCUAAGAGCCACGCUACGCAAAAGGCCUCCCACAGUGAGAUGGGCCCCGCGGAACUUUUGAGUGAACACAUGGACUCUUCUGGCAACCCAGCACCCGAUCCAAGUUGGGGCCCAACAAGAAAGCCUGACGAGGAUGCCGAUAUGUUCCAGGCUAUGAAUGCGGAGACUUCAGACUUCGAUCAUGAAUGA